AUGGCCGCAGAGUUCCCCGGGGCUGAGGAUACAGCGCGACUGUGGACAGUACUCGGGGACGGUAUCAAUACGUUGAGGAAGAUCCCUCUAGACCGGUUCGAUACCUCCGUCCAUACGGAUGUUUCUGGCGCCCGUGGAAGGUCCAUGAAGACCACCAUGGGAAACUUCAUAGUCAAUGCAGACGCCUUUGACAACGCCUUCUUCCAGGUCUCGCCGAGGGAGGCGCGCAGCAUGGAUCCGCAACAGCGUGUCCUCCUUCGUGUAGCACACAACGCGCUCGAGAAUGCAGGCUAUGUACCCAAGGCGACGCCGACAUUCGACCCAGAGAGCUUUGGGACAUUCAUUGGUGUAGCUACCAACGACUACGUGCAGAAUUUGCGGGACGACGUGGAUGUCUACUACAGCACUGGCACUCUUCCGGCCUUCCUGAGCGGGCGGAUAUCGUACGCAUUUGGUCUGGGCGGACCUUCCAUGGUCCUCGACACUGCGUGCUCGUCAUCCUUGGUGGCAAUUCACCAGGCGUGCCGUGCGCUGGCGUCCGGGGAUUGCAAUGCGGCGCUCGCCGGAGGGGUGAACAUCAUCACCAGCCCGGAUAUGUACCUUGGCCUUGCACGAGGUCACUUCCUGAGCGAGACAGGGCAGUGCCGGCCUUGGGACGCCUCAGCUGAUGGAUACUGCCGCUCCGAGGGGUGCGGCGUUUUCGUGCUCAAGCGCCUGGAAGACGCGGUGGCGGAGAAUGACAGGAUCCUGGCCGUCAUUCGGGGGAGUGAAGUCAACCAGUCCGGAAAUGCGCGCUCGAUCACCCACCCGCACGUUCCUGCCCAAGCCACCCUCUUCCAGAAGCUCGUCACAUCAGCUGAUGUGGACCCGCUGGACAUCAGUGUCGCUGAGUGCCAUGGGACUGGGACGCAGGCAGGGGACCCCGCAGAGCUGGAAGCGAUACGGAAGGUCUUUGCCAUCGGCCGCCUAAAGGACAACCCGCUACACAUCACGUCAAUUAAGGCGAACAUCGGCCAUGCUGAGGCUGCGUCCGGCGCUGCAAGUUUGGCGAAGCUCAUUCUCAUGCUGCAGCACCGCACUAUUCCCCGACACAUCUCCUUCAAGACGCUGACUCCUCGCAUACCCGACCUCGCCGUCGACAACGUGCGCAUCGACACAGAGUCUACUCCGUGGACAUCCGCAGAGGGAAAGACGCGUCUCGCUUUGCUGACGAACUUCGGUGCUGCUGGGUCCAACAGCGCUCUGCUUCUUGAGGAGCAUAUACCGCCUCCUCGUAUCGGUGUCCCCGUAGGCGACUUUCUACUCGGACUCUCCUGCAAGAGCGAGGCCGCGGCCGAAGAGCGUCGCCGCACGUACAUGUUACAUCUCGAGCACAGUAUCCGCGACACUGCGUCGUUGCAGGACUUCAUGUACUCCGCAACCGCGCGCCGGGAGCUUCAUGGGUACCGGCUAGCAGUUUCCGGAAGAUCUCAAGCGGAGCUGUUCGCGAACCUAGGCAGCGCGAAAGUCAUCAAGGCAAGCCCCGCCGACAAAGUCGUUUUUGUCUUCUCUGGCCAAGGCUCGCAGUAUGACAGAAUGGGCUCCGACUUGUACCAGCACCUCCCCGCUUUCGCACGAAUCGUGGACGAGUGUCACAAGAAGCUCGUCAUGGCAGGAUGUCCUGGGAUCCUGGAUACCUUCAUCUCAGGCUUGCAUCACAGCGAACGAAGAAACGAGCCAAUACGGUUCCGAUCAUCCCAGGCGUCAUUGUUCGUCCUCGAGUACGCCCUCGCGCAGCUGUGGAUCUCAUGGGGCAUUCGUCCGUGUGCAGUGAUGGGACAUAGUUUUGGCGAGUUCGCGGCACUGACGGUCGCUGGCAUACUCACACUGGAUGACGCUCUCCGCGUAGUCACGAGACGCGCCGAAGUCAUCGCCGAGAAAUGCGCCCUCCACAAUACCGGCAUGACCUCCGUCCAAGGGCCCGUGGAUGAGUUUGCACAGUGUCUAGGAAGCGCCCCCUUUUCGCGGUUGGAGGUCUGCUGCUACAACAGUGCCACGAGUUUCGUAGUCGGCGGCGACCUUGGCGAACUGUACCGCUUCGAAGAAAUGUGCACCGCGCAGGGUGUGCGUCAUACGCGACUUGACAUUCCAUACGCCUACCACUCCGCAGCGAUGGACCCUGUCCAGCGCGAUCUUGAGGCUCUCUACGCGGAAGUCAUGCCAUCACCCCCAGAGAUCCCUGUCCUUUCGAACACCACUGGGUCGAUGAUCCAACCAGGGGAUAGUAGUGCUAUCGGCGUCGACUACUUCGCGCAGCACUGUCGGAAGGCUUCACGUUUCCAGCAAGGCGUAGAGAGCCUGAGCACGCACAUCAACCUCUCCGAGGUCGCGGCGUUCAUCGAGGUUGGUCCCCACUCUGCCACGCUUCCACUCCUGCGCGGGAUCCAGAAGGAUGGUUCGCCACUGUUGCUCCCCUCGGCGCGGAAGACCUCCCCUGGGCUGGAGACUCUGUGCACAUCCCUCGCGCAGCUUUACUGUACAUCCGUUCCCGUGGACUGGCGGAAGGUGUUCGCAGAUCUCGCCCCCAGCGCCAGGCUGGUCGACCUCCCAGCGUAUCCCUUCGCGCAGACGAGGUUCUGGAUGUCAUACAAAGAACACGCUAGGCGCGACGAAGUUCCCCUUCAGAUAGCAACAACUCGCUCGCGCUUCUCCCUCCUCGAUCGCUGCGUCCGCUCAGCCUCGAGUGAUACAGGUGCCGUGUUCGAGACGAGUCUGGAGACUUUGUCGGAGCUCAUCCAGGGACACAAAGUCGGGGACGUCCCUCUCUGCCCUGCCUCAGUGUACGUGGAGCUCGCUACGUCGGUAGCUAUCUCUGUUCUGCAAGACCGUCAUGCGUGGGCUGAAGGCGACGUCCUGGACCUCUCUGAAGUUGUCUACCCCAGGCCACUGGUCUACACUCCUAGAAGCAACGAUCGGAUCCACGUAGAGGUGUCAUUGCUCGAAAAGCAUAAGGGAUCAUUCUCUGUCUCUCUAAUACCCAAGGCCGAGGCGGCUGCUCAGGUGUACUGCAGGGGUUCCUUCAAGAAAACAACAUCCGAAGCCCGUUUGUCCAAGUUCUCCUACGCAGCCUCCACGGUCCAACGUGAAAUCCAAGCCGUUCUUCGCGCGGGCCCCGCAGGGGCUUCCGAGACGUUCACUACCCGGACAGUAUACGACCUCCUCUUCCCCUCAAUCGUCGCAUACUCGAACAUAUACCGCGCCGUACAAACGAUCACCGUCAACACACCCUCCUCGACCGCGUACGCCGUAAUCCAGCUGCCCAAACCCGCACUCCCUGGCACGUUCGCGGUACAUCCUAUCUUCGUCGACGCCCUCAUCCACGUCGCGGGCUUCCUCGUCAACUUCACUCGCGGCAUGAACGGCCGCGAUGCAUACAUCUGCUCGCGCGCGGACAAGGUCCAGUUUGUCCCGCAAGUGUUAGACCCUUCGGCGCGCUAUGGCGUAUACGUAACGAUUACGCGCGAGGAUAAGGGUACUGUCACAGUGGACGCGUACGCGCUCGAGGCGGACGACCCGCGCGGGAGGAUCGUUGCGCGCCUUAAGCGCGUGCACUUCCACCGACUGGGGCUGGAGGGGUUCAAGAAAGUGCUGCAGUCUCUCGCAGGCCGUUCUUCGAUGCUGCCAUCUUGCGAACAGUCACAGCCAAUCACCGCCCCGACGACCAGCUCCACAUCUGAACGCCAAAUCCUUGGGGGCUCGCUUCAAGACCUCGAGCGCGCGGUGCUCCGCGUCAUCGCGGAGACGGCUGGGAUCGCGGAAAAGGAGGUGCGGGCCGACGCGCACCUCGCACAUCUGGGCAUCGACUCGCUCAUGCUCUGGGAGGUCGCCGCUGGCCUGCGCGAGAUCGUCCCAGGUGCAGCGCAGGUGCUCGCUGCGCAGGAGCUUGCGGGCGCGACGACUGUGGGUGAUCUUGUGUGGCUGGUGAGCGAGAAGUAUGGACGCGGUAGCGUGCUGCCUAGACCGUCGACCGAGGACACCAUUACAGCGCCGACGCUCCUCCCUGCGCGCGAAGUUUCUGGCGCUGUCAUUGCUGAUUCCACCGCGGUGGACAUGGAUGCAGUCAAGACGGCGCUAUCUUCUGUUCUUGACAUUCCCGCUGCGGACAUCUCGAACGACGCGGAGCUGCAUGCACUCGGGCUCGACUCUCUUUCCGCAAUCGAGGCGCGACACACAUUCGAUAUACGCUGCGGUGUCAAGGUCGACGAAGAGACGCUCUUUGCGUGCCACACUGUCCGCGACAUCCUUCGCGCGCUCGUUCCCGGAGACCCGCUCUCCCUGACUUCCUCUCGCAUCCCCGAUAUCGCAAGACCAAGCGCGUACACGCCCUCUCUAGUGCCCGAAACCCCGCCCUCCCCUCCCGUCCCUCCUGCCCCCUCCAGCGCCCCCUCCAGCGGGCCCCCUGCAUCUCCCCUUGCUCAAGAAACCGUCCACCACGCAGACGGCUACUCCCUCGUCCGCAUCCAAUCCCGACCCCCGGGCACCACCGCCUACCUCCCCCCGCUCAUCCUCAUCCACGACGGCAGCGGGACGAUCGGGGCCUACGAGCGGCUCGCGCCCCUCGGACGCGACGUCUGGGCCGUGCGCAACGCCGACUUCGGCCGCUUCUUCGCGGCGCCAGGGCGGGCGGAGGCGGAGUGCGGGGCGGUCGUGGCGCUGGCGCUGGCGUAUGCGGCUACGCUGGCGACGGAGGUGUUGUUCGAUGAGAACUUAUGUGUCAGGGGCGGGUGUAUCGUUGGGGGAUGGUCGUUCGGGGGCGUCGUGGCGUACGAGGUCGCGCACCAGCUGCGCGCGAUGGGCGUCCGCGUAGGGCUCCUGCUCAUCGACGCGCCCGCGCCCCAGCCCCCCAACGCGCUCCCCGACUGGCUCAUCGACGCUCUCCACAGACGCCUCACGACUUCAACGGCGGCACGCGCCGACUGCGGCUUCGCAGUGCAGAUGCGCAUCGCGGCACGCGCGCUCGCCGCAUACCGUCCCAACCCUAGCGCACCCGCCCUGCGCGCGGUGUACCUGCGCGGCAUGGAGCCCGCAGACCUCGCGGUGUCCACGGCGGAGAGCGGCGAGAUCGACGCGCAGGUGCGUGCGUUCCUGACGAAAGAGGGCGAUGAGUGGACGGUGCCGCUAUGGGAGAAGGCACUUGGGGGCGGGACGAUGGACGUUUUGGACGUCCCUGGGGAUCAUUUCAGGAUUUUCGGUCGCGCGAACGCUCAGAUGGAAGGGCUCAGCGAGCAGCUUGUAAAGGGCCUUCAUUUACUGUCGGGAUGGACCUAG